ACGCUGCUGCGCCUCCCAGCUCCUCACCACCGCACUGGCGGCUGCUGGCCGAUGCAUGGUGUGGGGAAAGGGCCAGCGGCUGCCUGCUAGGGCUGGGUUAAUUAUAGCUGUGACCCCAGUUCCCUGUGACAUGGGCCAGCCAGGGCUGCCCCUGCCUGGGAGACCAGACGACCAGGUCCCCAUCUCGGCCAUGCUCCCUGCAGAGCUGCCCCUGACCUACCUGGGCCCCUUGGUGCUGCUGCUGGUGCAGCUGCUGCUCUCCCCCACAUCUGCCUUCUUCCCCAACAUCUGGAGCCUUCUGGCCGCCCCUCGUUCCAUCACCCACCAGGACCUGACCGAAGAGGCGGCACUCAAUGUCACCCUGCAGCUCUUCCUGGAGCAGCCACUCCUAGGUCGGCCCCCGCUUCGUCUCCAGGAUUUCCUGGGCCGCACCCUGCUCGCCGACGACCUCUUUGCCGCCUACUUUGGACCCGGGUUUCCCUCCCGGCGGUUCCGAGCAGCCCUGGGAGAGAUGUCUCGUGCCAACGCAGCUCAGGACUUCCUGGCAGCUUCCAAGAACGACCCUGACCUGCACUUUGAUGCCGAGCGGCUGGACCAGGCGCGGGAACGCCUGGCGGGGGCUCUGCGGGAGACCCUGGCUGCGGCUGGAGCCGGGGACUACGCACUGGCCCGCGGGCGCCUGGGGGCAGCGCUGCACGCCCUGCAGGAUUUCUACAGCCACAGCAACUGGGUGGAGAUGGGGCAGCAGCGGCCACACCCUCACCUCCUCUGGUCCUGGAGGCGGGAGCUCUGGAGGCUGGCGCGAGUGGGCGACCCCACGUGCUCUGACUGUGCGGAGCGGAGCUGUCCUGGGAAUCUGCUGGGCUCCACGCUGCUCACUUCGGGCUACUUUGGAACUCAUCCCCCCAAACCUCCAGGGAAAUGUAGCCACGGCGGCCACUUUGACCAGAGCAGCUCGCAGCCGCCCCGGGGAGGCAUCAACAAGGACAGCACGUCCCCGCUCUUCUCCCCGCACCACGCGCUGCACCCGCAGGCCGCACAGCUGGCCCUUGUGGCCUCUGUCCAGGCCCUCGGCCUCCUGCGGGGCCGCCUGGGCGACAGGGCCUUCUCCAGGCUGCUGGACGUCACCCCGGCCUCCAGCCUUAGCUUCGUCCUGGACACGACGGGCAGCAUGGGGGAGGAGAUCAGCGCCGCCAAAAUCCAGGCUCGCCACAUCGUGGAGCAGCGGCGCGGCAGCCCCAUGGCACCUGUGCACUAUGUCUUGGUGCCUUUCCAUGACCCAGGGUUCGGCCCUGUCUUCACAACCAGUGAUCCUCACACCUUCUGGCAGCGACUUAAUGAGAUCCAGGCCCUGGGGGGUGGAGACGAGCCCGAGAUGUGCCUGUCUGCGCUGGAGCUGGCCCUCCUGCACACACCGCCCCUCUCGGACAUCUUUGUCUUCACGGAUGCCUCCCCCAAGGACGCCUUCCUCACCAACAGGAUUGAAUCCCUGACUCAGGAGCGGCGCUGCAGGGUGACAUUUCUGGUGACUGAAGACCCAUCACGGGUUCAGGGUCGGAUUCGGCGCGAGGUUUUGUCGCCCCUGCGUUUUGCACCAUAUGAAGCAGUGGCCCUGGCGUCAGGAGGAGAAGUGAUCUUUACCAAAGACCAGCACAUUCGGGAUGUGGCAGCCAUCAUUGGGGACAGCAUGGAUGCUCUGGUGAGCACGAGGUGA